GUAGAUUCCAUCCAGUGCUUUCAUUGAUUCAACAUGGACUUGAACUCCUGGAAUGCUUUGUCUUCUGACAGGUUCUUGACUUCUGCAACUACCUCCAUCAGCAGUUUAUCGGGCUCGCUAUCAAAGUCCAUCUCAAAUACGCUCAUCAACCAGUUGCUCAACCAAUUUCCAAUAGCCUCUCUUUUGCCUAAUAAUCUCAGCUUCAAUCAAAUAUUGUCUGCAAAGUCGUCUGUUGAAUCGUUAUACCACAGUCUAAAUCUUAGCGAUGAUACAAAUAUCUCAAAUCUAGCCAGUCUAUCUAACGAUAAAAUCUUGAUAAUCCUAAUUUACUCCAUUUUGAAUCAGGAUUUGAAUAAAUUGAACUCAAUUAUCAAUGAUAGCGUUUUGAAACAAAAGUUGUUUUCUUUAGUCAAUGACUACGAUCGUAAUGGUUUGACAUUAUCAAUUUAUUCUAUUUUCAUAAAUUCUUUAUUAGAAUUAUACUCCUAUUUUGCAAAUUCAAAUACAAAUCCAGGUUUUAAUCUCAAUUUUAAUUUUAUAAAUAUCGAUGAUCAAUUAUAUAUUUCUCGAAAGAUUUUCAAGAUAAUCCUAAACUUGAAAAACUACUUGGAUUUGGAUAUCAACAAACCCGAUAAUUUAAAUAAUAUAAACUAUACUCCAAUGAUGUGGUCAAUUUAUUUUAAAAACUUAUUUAUCAUCAAUGAAUUAAUCUCCCUACAGGAUGAUUUGGACUUAAAUUUAGACGCAAAUUUCAAAAACAAAAACAACAUAUCCUACAUAGAUUUAAUUAAUACAACUAUUAUUAACAAUAAUGACAAUUCAUUGAUCAGUCAAUUAGAUUUAAAAAUUUAUAAUUAUUUUAAUAAUCAUAAUUUGAUUUCAAACACAAUUUUAUUAAGCAGCAGUAAAAAUACCAGUAACACUAAUAAUAAUAAUAAUAAUAAUAAUAAUAAUAAUAAUAAUAAUAAUAAUAAUAAUAAUACCAAUAAAAUAAAUUUCCAAAGCAUAGGCCCAACAAAUGGUAUGACUGAAAUAAAAGUGUCUCAUAAUAGAUCAAUCUCUGAAUCCUCGUUUUUAAAUGAUAUAGAUUUUUAUCAAAAAAAUGACUCUCAUUUAAUUCAAUCCUUGAAUUUAUCUGAUGAAAAACAAUUAUCAAAUAAAAUCAAAUUACAAAUAAUCGAUAUUAAAGCCAUUAAUUCAAAUUCAAUAAAUACAGCUGUUGAUGAUGAUUUAUAUAAAUCAUCAUCAAUUGCACCCAAUUUGAAUAGUGAUUUAGGAAGUAUUAAUACUGGAACCAGUAUUAUCGAUAAGAUUAAUAGUAACGAUUCUGGGAUAUUUGAUUUCAUAAAUACAAAUAAAUUUAUUAAAUUUAGUGAUUAUAAUAUCCCUGAUUUUUUGAAUCUUAUUUUCAAGAUAAGAUUUUUAAGUUCUAAAUAUUCAAACAACUCAAUAAUACCUGCAUCGAUAUUGUAUCAAUUAAUCAGAUACAGUUGGAAUAUUAAAAAAAAUUUUGAUUCAACACAAAAUAUUAUUGAUUUAUUCACUAACAGAUUAUAUUUAAUUUUAAAUCCGCGAUCAUGCUUAAAUGAAAAUGUUAAUAAUAAUAACCCAAGUAGCUCAAAUAGUUCAAAUAGUUCAGGUAAUCCAAAUAACCCAAAUAGUUUAAAUAAUCUAAAUAAAAAGGGUGAUAUUGUGCUAAUAAGUUAUUGGUUAUCUGUUAUAGUUUUCACAUACUAUUACUUAUUACGAGAUGGAUCUAAUUUUUUUCAAGAAAAUCCAAUUUUUUUACAAAAUUUUAUUAAUUUAAUUCAGCAAUUAAUCUCUCAGUUAUCUAAUUCAAUUAACAAUAGAUUAUUAGAUAUAAUCGAUGAUUGUUUAUUGAAUUAUAAAUCGUUACCGAAUUUUAAUAAAAAAAUAGUCUAUAAAAAUGAAUGGAAUUUUUUCGGUUCAAGUUCAUCUAAACACAAAAAGAGAUCGUCGGUCAAUUCAAUUAAUUCUACAGAUAAUUUUGGAGAUGAGGUUAAUAAUUCCGAGAUAAAUAAUGAAAUCAAUAAAGAGAAAAUUAAAGAAAAAAACGAGAAAUUCCAAGAAAUUUUAGAAAUGUUGUAUCCACCAAGUAUUGAAGAACAAAUGAAGCCAUCGCCAGAUAAGAUUAUUCAAAUUUUGGAGGCAUUAAUUUAUGUUUUCAAAUUACACAAUCUAAGUAAUUUAUUAUUAAAACAAUGCUUAGAACAAGUAUUUAACUGGUUGAACUGUAUACUAGUUAAUAAGAUUUUGUUGAAUAAUAAGAAAAAAUACUUAACAAGGUCAGCUGCGAUUGAGAUGCGAUUAAAUUUCAGUCAUAUUGAAGAUUGGAUUAACAAGUUGAGUUUAAAGUUGGAUAAAGAAGAUUCUGAAGAGAUGAACAGUAAUUAUCAAUUCAUUAAAUUUGAAGAAUAUCAGGAGGAUGUGUUAAAGGAUAAUCCUGAUGAUAUUGUGAGAGAUAAGGAUGUUGAAUUGAAAAACGUUACAAGGUUUUCCAAUUCUGCAUAUUUUAAGGAUAAAUUUCCCGAUAAAAAAGAUUUGAAAGGAGAAAUUGCGAAAAUUGCGAAAAUUGAAUUAUCUGAUUUUUAUUAUUCAAGUUUGAAUGAAAUUUCGAAAUAUAAUUUCCGGGUAUUGCAUAAUCUAUUGGAGAUAUUACAAAUAUUAACGAUUAAUUUUUCAGUUGAAAAUGAUUUGAAAGAUGAAGAAUUUUUGAAUAUGAUUAAAGAGAUCAAGAAUUUAAGCUAUCGACAAAUAACGAGAAUCAUUCGAAAUUAUCGAUAUGAGAUUGUUGAAGAUAAAGUACCCAAGAGACUAGUUAAUAAGGUGAUUGAGCUAGAUCUUAAUUAUAGGAAUAAGUCUAUUAAAGAUAAGGUAGAUGAAGACAGGUGCAAAGAUAUUCAUUAUAAUGUUGAUAAUAAUAAUGAAGAAAUAUAUUUAAACCCGUUUCAAAUUUACAAAGUUUGUUUACCAAGUAAGAGUGAAUUGAUCAAUAAAUAUGGAGCCGGAUUGGGAGGAUUGAACAAAGAAAAAAUGAAGAAGUUUCAGCCAUUUAUUUCAAUAGAGAUUCGAGAUUUAAUUGAUGAUAUAUAUGAACAAGAGGAAAAAGAAAAGGAAAAGCAAAGAAAAAUAGAAAUAGGAAAUGAGGACGAAGAUGAAGAAGAUAAUGAAAAUGAAGAGGUAAAUAAAAAUAGUCACAAAAAAAAUAGUUUGGAUGGAAACUAUGAUUAUGAUUAUAAUUAUGGUAGGAAUAAGUAUGAUGGAAAUAAUGAUUUAUUUGGAGAAGUGAAGUUGCCAGAUACGGCUGUUCAUAAAGGCUGGAAUGACAAAGCUGGACGUGACGAGGGAAGCGAAGGGCUUAUCGAUAGUGUUGAGUUCAACCCAUGGUAAUUUAGGAGAGAAGCAUGAGAAACACGAGAAGCACAAGAAGCACGAGACGAAAAGAAGCCGUAAUUCCUAAAACCGAAAUACCAGAACCAUAGAGACGCGCUUCCCUGCAGAACAUGCAAAUUUAAGUUUAGCUGUCACGCAACACUUUCUCCACUUGUCCGAAUUAUUUCUGGCGUGUGCAUGUCAAUGUAUUCCGAGGCCAGCUCUGUGGCAUUUCGACCUGGAGUUGAAAAGCCGAAAAGGGUAAACCAAAGCAUUGUCUCGAUGUCCACACGUGAGCAGGUGACCAACAGCACAUGAUGGGCAGCGCAUUUUGAAUAUCUGUG